AGGAUAGAGACUUUUCUUUCUGUCUCAGGUCAGAUUUCUGUCUCUCUUUGUGUCAUUUAAUGUCUCAUCGCAGCUCUCCUCCCACCCUCUCCCCCUCCCUCCCCCGCUGUCCCAGGAUCCACCGGUCCGUUCCCACUGACCGAGACCAGACCCGACCGUCGUGCACGGCGCUCUGUCGGUGACGCGCCCCCGGGUUCCGUCCUACCGGAGGCAGCAGCAGCAGCAUCAGCGGCGGCUCGGUGAGAUGCAGCAGAGCGCCUGAGAGGAGACAGACGGAGGAUCGUCUCCGGCUUCACGCACACCGACACCGGGAUUUAUUAACGCUCUGACACCAGGAGCUGCCGUCGGAUUCCUCCGCCGCCUGAACCGGGUCCAUCAGACGUGAGCUGCUGCACUCAAACAGUGGACUGCAGUUGCUGCUCUGACUGGAUGAGCCUGUCUGUUCACCCAUCCAUCAGUCCAUCCCUCCAUCCCUCCAUCAGUCAGAGGAAGGAUCUGAUGAGAGGACUGCAGAGAGAGGAGAGAAGAGACCACCUGCUAUGGCCAGUGCAGCUGAUGGCGUAGGAAGUCUGGGUGCCGAGCAGAACCACCUGAGUGUCCCCGUCACUGAUCAUGGAGCCUGGGCCACGGCCAUGAACAACCUGGGCAUCAUGCCUGUGGGCAUCAGUGGGCAGCAGCUGGUUUCAGACUCUCUGUGCAUCCAGAGGUUCGACCCCGGCCUGGGCCUCAUCGCACCCAUAAACCCCAUGAUGGCGGGCAUCAGCCUGGUCCCUCCCCCACCCGUACCCCCCGACAUGCCGGUCAUCAAGGAGAUUAUCCACUGCAAGAGCUGCACCCUGUUUCCCCAGAACCCCAACCUGCCUCCGCCCUCGACUCGGGAGCGCCCCCCCGGCUGUAAGACGGUGUUUGUCGGUGGUUUGCCGGAGAACGCCACAGAGGAGAUCAUCAGGGAGGUGUUCGACCAGUGCGGGGAGAUCACCGCUAUCCGCAAGAGCAAGAAGAACUUCUGCCACAUCCGCUUCAGUGAGGAGUUCAUGGUGGACAAGGCCAUCUACCUGUCAGGGUAUCGGAUGCGUAUCGGGUCCAGCACUGAUAAGAAGGACUCAGGGAGGAUCCAUGUGGACUUCGCCCAGGCCAGAGACGACCUGUACGAGUGGGAGUGUAAACAGCGCCUGCUGGCCAGAGAGGAGAGACACCGCCGCAAGAUCCACGAGGACCGGCUGAGGCCGCCGUCUCCUCCUCCUAUCGUACACUACUCUGAACAUGAGGCGGCGAUGUUAGCGGAGAGGCUGAAAGAUGACCAUAAGUUCAGCGAGGCCACGGCAGUGUUGUUCACCUGGAUCGACCGCGGCGAAGUCAACCGCAGGACCGCCAAUCACUUCUACUCCAUGAUCCAGUCAGCCAACAGCCACGUCCGCCGGCUGAUGAGUGAGAAAGCUCAGCACGAGGAGGAGAUGGAGCGCGCCAAAGAGGCCUUCAAGAACGCCCUGCUGGCCAUAUUAACACAGUUCGAGCAGAUCACCGCCGUUUUCACCGCCGCCACCAGGCAAAAGGCAUGGGACCAUUUCUCAAAAGCACAGCGCAAGAACAUAGACAUAUGGCGCAAGCAGUGCGAGGAGCUGAGGAACGCUCACAGCGAGGAGAUCAUGGGCAUCAGACGAGAGGAGGAGAUGGAGAUGUCCGACGACGACCUGGAUGAAAAUCCCUGUAAGAAGAUGCGUGUGGAGGAAAACGGAGUGUGUGAUCAGACCCAGGCCUCUCUGAGGGAGGAGAAUGACUCCCUGCGCUGGCAGCUGGACUCCUACAGGAGCGAGGUGGAGCUGCUGAGGAAGGAGCAGAGCCGAGGCGGUCGCCCCGACGACGACCACACACACUCGCAGACGCACACACACGGUCCGGAGGCUCAGAUCCAGCUGCUGCAGCAGAGCAUGCUCAACAUGCAGCAGCAACUCCUGAGUCUGCAGGAGAAGCUGACGAGUAAAGAAGCGGAGCUGGAGCAGGCGAGAGAGGAGCACCGCUACCUGGAGGGGGAGGUGCUCAGCCUGCGAGACAAGCUGCUGCUCAGCAGUGCUGGGGAGGCUGUGGAGGGAACCAAUGGAGAGCUACAUGAAAAGGGGAUCAACGGGUGUGUUCCUUCACUGUAUCACAGCAGAGAGAGGAGGGCUGAGGUCAUCGUGAGAGGAGCGGUCGUAUCAGAAAAAGAGGCGCUGCUUCUGGGCAUCAUAUCGACCUUCCUCCAUGUUCAUCCAUUUGGGGCCAACCUCGAGUACCUGUGGUCGUACAUACAGAGAUUGGACUCUAAGGUGUCGGCGGGGGAGCUGGAGCGCCUCAUGGUCCGUCUGCCCUCCAUGUUCAGACAGGAGCUGAGCGGCGUCGGCGCCACGCUGGAGAAACGGUGGAAGUUCUGCGGCUUCAACAGCCUCGGCUCGGCGUGACACAGGGAGAACGCACACACACACCGGGAGAACGCACCAACAUGAACAGACACCUUUAACCUCACCUGUGUGUGUGUGUGUCUGUGUGUGUGUGUGUGUGUGUGUGUGCGUUCUCCUUUCACUGAUACACGGCGGCGUGUCGGACGAUGAUGAUGUUCCCUGAAGCAGACACUGGAAACCCCACAGCACAGGUCACUGAUGGUGCUGGGUGGAGGUGAGAUAAAGGGACGGACAACAGGACCUGACACCUGACCUGAAAACACUCGCUCUGUUGCCGUGUUAGUUGCGAGUCUCUUUGCUUCAACCUGAAUCAGUUGUUGGUCCUCUGUCGUCUUGUCGUCGGUGUGAAUCGACAGGAAGAGAGUUAAAAAACCAAAGUUGAUCCUUAAAGGCAUUUAACACAUUUCACACCAAACCUCAUUUCAUUUAUCAGCAGCAUCAGCAGCUCAGUCACCGGCAGAUAGAUUUGGACGGAGAGAGGUCGCUCCAGGGUCUGAAACAAUCCGAGCGUCCGAGGUGUGAAAACUCUGCAGGCCUGUGGUCACUGCUCAGUGUUCCUGCAGAGAUCACAGGCAUGAACACUGAAGAAGAAGAGGACGACGGACACAGAGGAAGAGACAGAAUACUUGUGUUUUGUGAAGGAACACUCAUUCAUCCUUAAUUUAUUUCAUUAAACUGUACGAAGACACUGUUGACUGAAGGCCGCAGACUGAAGCCGCCGGAAGCUACACACUGUAUUUAAAUGACAAAAGGUUCUGACUGUGUCUUUUUUAGUUUUAGUUAUUUCCCUCUGAACGAAAACGGGAGAGAAGCAACGGAGGGAUGAAGAGGAGGAGAUGCUACACACUCCUCAUUUCUCGUGUUUCUAAAGACCACAGAGUUGUCCGUUUAAAAUCAAAAAAUGAUUAUGUGAUUUUGUAUUUCACUUCCAGUUUUUGUUUCUUAUUUAAAUAAAGAUUCUCAAAAUCAAA